AUGUCAGAUGUAAAGAAAGGCAAACCAAAAAAGAGACCAUAUAGAGAUGAAAGCACACUGACAAAUGACCAGAAAGCCAUUUUGGAAGCUCUUAAGCAAACAGGAAACCCAGCACUUAUAGAAAGCUUUUGGAAAGAUAAUGGUGAAAAGAAGUUUUAUAAGAAGAGAAGCGGUCAGUUCUGGAAGUAUCUUUGCACAUUACCUAUAAAUCUUGAACGCUACCAAAUCUUCAAUGAAUUGAACAAAAGAACUGCAGCACUUAUGACAGAAGACAAUUGUUUCGUUUAUGCUUGCAUUCAGGCUGGAGUAGAUGGAGAGACUAUUGACCACAUGAGAGAAGUCAUUCGUGUUAGAGACUUUCCUCAAAGUAAAGUACAAGAAAUUUCUGACGCAACAGGUAUAGCAUUUAAUGUUACCAUUGGUUAUUUCAAUGACUCAAGACAUAAUGAAAUAAAGAGAUACAUACCAAAAGAAUGUGAAACUGUUAGAACUAUUGACUUACUUCUUGUUGAAGACCACUACAUGCUAAAUGAAAGAUUACCAAUGACAACAUAUUUCGUCAGAAAUUACAAAGAAAUUCUCAAAGCUUGUGGUGGAAUGAACAUUGAGAAACAAAUGAAGAUUUAUACAAAGAGAGAAGAUAAAUAUGUAGUUCGUUAUGAUAGAACAACACCGUUAUGGGAUGUUAUGAAAACAUUGUGGGAGUGCAAAUAUUUCGAACCUAUUUCUUAUGGAGAACUUUUCACAUAUACUACUGACUUAUAUAAACAGAACCUUGCACCAUUUAAAGACUUGUCAUAUGCUCCAAAGUAUUGUGUACAACUGAAGAAGAAAGCCGAGUCAAAAGAAGUAAAUAAAAAUAAGUGCAAGUUCAUUCCUGAGCACGUUUUCUUUGCUGACUUUGAGUGCAGUACCGAUGGCUUUCAUAAAGCUUUUAACAUAUGUUACGACAGUGAAGAUGGUUCAGUGAGUGAAAGCAUUUGGG